UCCAACCCAAGUAAACAAAUGUGAGUACAAAAGAGGUGACAGAUCUAGCUGUGUCAGGUUUUCUUUCUCAAAAUCUUAACCCUCUAACAGAAUGUCUGCAGACAUUAAAAUAAUCCUCUGCAUUGGACUGGCUGUCAUAUUCACAGAUGUGGGAAAGUCUGCCCUCAUUGGGAAAAGCCACAGUAAAGGAAAUGCAGAUCCUGUGCUGCAGUACGUAGUUAACAACUCACUGAGGGAACAUCCAGUCCUCACCAAACUCAAACUG